AAAGCUAAACCCUAACAUUAUACCACCCUCCUUAUCCUCAACGCGCCUAGUAUUCUUCGUAGACAGACUCAGAGAAGAAAAACCUUCUCGCUGGUUUUUACGUACAAAUGGCGUCCGCCAAUGCUAUUUCCUCUGCAUCUAUUCUCUGCUCCCCCAAGCAGAGCUUGACGAGGAGGGUUAAUCAACAGAAGAGUAAUAGGCUUAACUACAAGCAAUCCAGCGGGCGGUUUGUUGUAAGGGCCAAUGCAAAGGAUAUUGCUUUUGACCAGAACUCGAGAGCCGCACUUCAGAGCGGCAUUGAUAAGCUUGCCGAUGCUGUUGGCCUUACUCUUGGUCCUAGGGGGAGAAAUGUCGUCUUGGAUGAAUUUGGAAGUCCUAAAGUAGUUAAUGAUGGAGUAACAAUAGCUCGGGCUAUUGAGCUGCCUGAUCCAAUGGAAAAUGCUGGUGCAGCUCUCAUAAGGGAGGUUGCUAGUAAGACAAACGACUCUGCUGGAGAUGGGACAACAACUGCAUCAGUUCUUGCAAGGGAAAUAAUCAAGCUAGGGCUUUUAAGUGUAACUUCUGGUGCAAAUCCUGUGUCACUAAAGAGGGGGAUUGACAAAACUGUACAGGGGUUAGUAGAAGAGCUAGAGAAGAAGUCUAGGGCUGUAAAAGGACGCGAUGAUAUCAAAGCUGUUGCUACCAUUUCUGCUGGGAAUGAUGAACUUAUUGGAACUAUGAUUGCUGAUGCUAUUGACAAGGUUGGGCCUGAUGGUGUUUUGUCCAUCGAGUCAUCAUCGUCAUUUGAGACAACUGUUGCAGUAGAAGAAGGAAUGGAGAUUGACAGAGGCUAUAUCUCCCCUCAGUUUGUUACAAACCCUGAGAAAUUGAUUGCUGAAUUUGAAAAUGCAAGGGUCUUGGUUACAGAUCAGAAGAUUUCAGCAAUCAAGGACAUAAUUCCCCUGUUAGAGAAGACCACUCAACUGAGAGCUCCUUUGCUCAUUGUUGCUGAGGAUGUCACUGGAGAAGCUUUGGCAACUCUUGUUGUCAAUAAGUUGCGUGGUAUACUUAAUGUUGCUGCAAUCAAGGCUCCUGGUUUUGGUGAGAGGAGAAAGGCGCUACUCCAAGAUAUUGCCAUUUUGACAGGGGCCGAGUUUCAAGCAAGUGAUCUGGGUCUCCUCGUUGAGAACACCUCAGUUGAGCAGCUUGGUUUAGCCAGAAAAGUGACCAUCUCCAAGGACUCCACCACCCUUAUUGCUGAUGCUGCAUCAAAAGAUGAGUUACAAGCUAGGAUUGCACAGCUGAAAAAAGAGUUGUUUGAGACAGAUUCUGUUUACGAUUCUGAGAAACUAGCUGAGAGAAUAGCCAAAUUGUCAGGCGGGGUUGCUGUCAUAAAGGUAGGUGCUGCUACUGAGACAGAACUUGAGGACCGUAAGCUUCGCAUUGAGGAUGCCAAGAAUGCUACUUUUGCUGCUAUUGAGGAAGGGAUUGUGCCUGGUGGUGGUACUGCUUUUGUGCAUCUCUCUUCUUCUGUCCCUGCAAUCAAGGACAGGCUUGAAGAUGCAGAUGAGCGACUGGGAGCUGACAUAGUUCAGAAGGCAUUGGUGGCACCAGCAUCAUUAAUAGCUCAAAAUGCAGGGAUUGAAGGCGAAGUGGUGGUGGAGAAAAUAAAAGUGGGUGAAUGGGAGGUUGGUUACAAUGCAAUGACAGACAAGUAUGAGAACCUCGUGGAGGCUGGUGUUAUUGACCCAGCAAAGGUCACAAGAUGUGCCCUGCAGAAUGCAGCUUCAGUUGCUGGAAUGGUCUUGACCACUCAAGCCAUUGUGGUCGAAAAACCGAAGCCCAAGGCACCUGUAGCUGUUCCCCAGCCAGGACAGCUUGUUGUGUGAUAUUCCUUUGAAAGUUUCUUGCUCGGUUUUAUGCUUAUCUAACAAACGGAGAGUGGUUCAAAUGUGGUGCAUUCAGAAGGACAAUGAAUAGUGCUAUAGAUAGAAUUUGGAUUGUCUGUAUGAUUGUGCCCUUUUUGUACGGAUUUACAACAUCAAUAUGAUUGUUUCUAUACAAAUAUGGUUUAGCAGUGUGAAA